AGUACGUUUACACAGCAACAUCAUUUCCAACUCUCUCCAGUUCCACAGGAGCCGCCAUGGAAGCCAUUAAUGUGCUUCAUCUGCUCCUUAUCUCUCUGUUUUCUGCUUUUCUUUUCGCGCAAGCAACAGAUAGAAUCACACCAAACCAGACUUCAAAAGAUGGGAGCUUCGAGCUCGGGUUUUUCUCUCCAGGAGGAUCAAGAAACCGUUAUCUCGGGAUUUGGUACAAGAAAGUCUCUCUACAGACAGUUGUUUGGGUCGCAAACAGAGAUUCUCCUCUCUACGACCUCUCAGGAGCCCUAAAAGUCAAUGGAAACGGGAGGUUAUCUCUCUUCAGUGGCAUGAACUCUCUCAUCUGGUCAUCAUUUUCUUUGAAGAAGAUCGAUGCAAGAGACCCUAUUGUUCAGAUUCUUGAUACAGGUAACUUAGUUGUAAGAAACUCUGGGGGUGAUCAAGAUUACAUAUGGCAGAGUUUAGAUUACCCAGGAGACACGUUUCUUCCAGGAAUGAAAUAUGGUAUUGAUUUCCUAACCGGUUUAAACCGGUUCUUGACAUCUUGGAAAUCUCCAGACGAUCCAUCAACUGGUAACUACACAAAUAAAAUGGAUCCAAACGGUGUUCCGCAGUUUUUCUUGAAGAGAAACUCGGUUGAUGUCUUCAGGGCUGGUCCAUGGAAUGGUCUAAGAUUCACUGGUAUGCCUAACCUAAAACCUAACCCAAUUUAUCGGUAUGAGUUUGUGUUGACGGAGGAUGAAGCUUACUACACGUACAGGCUUGAGAACUACCCUUCAGUGAUCACAAGAAUGCAGUUGAAUCCUAGUGGAGCUUUGCAGCGUUACACUUGGGUGGAUAGUCAUUGGAACUUCUAUCUAUCAGCUCAAAUGGAUAGUUGUGAUCUCUACAAGUUGUGUGGCUCUUACGGAAGCUGUAACAUCAAUGACUCUCCAGCUUGUAGGUGUUUAAAAGGGUUUGUUCCUUAUUCUCCAGAGGCUUAUUCUGAUGGGGAUUGGUCAAAAGGGUGUGGUAGAAGAGUGAAAUUGAGUUGUGGUGAAGGAGAAGAAGAUUUUCUGAAGAUUUCAAAGUUGAAGUUACCUGAUACAAGAGCAUCUUGGUACGAUAAGAGCAUGGAUUUGAAUGAAUGCAAGAGGACAUGCUUGAGAAACUGUUCUUGCUCAGCUUAUUCUCCUUUUGAUAUUAGAGAUGGAGGAAGAGGAUGUAUUAUAUGGUUUGGAGAUUUGCUUGAUAUAAGAGAGUAUGAUGAAAAUGGACAAGAUCUGUAUGUGAGGCUUGCUACUUCAGAAAUAGAUACUUUGCAGCGCGAUUUAGACCGUGUUUCCAGCAGGAGACAAGAGGAGGAAGAUCCUGAGUUACCAUUUCUUGAUCUUGAAGUGAUUUCAGAAGCUACAUGUGGAUUCUCUGAUGACAAUAAGCUCGGACAAGGUGGGUUUGGACCUGUCUAUAAGGGAACGUUGUCUACUGGAGAAGAAAUCGCUGUAAAGAGGCUUUCAAGAACGUCAAGACAAGGCAUAGAAGAGUUUAAGAACGAGAUCAAGCUAAUUGCAAAGCUACAACACCGCAACCUUGUCAAGAUUCUUGGAUAUUGUGUGGAGGAAGAUGAAAGAAUGCUUGUCUACGAGUAUCAACGUAACAAAAGCUUGGACUCUUUCAUUUUCGAUCAAGAACGGCGCAAGGAACUUGACUGGCCUAUACGUUUGGAAAUAAUCAAAGGGAUUGCUCGCGGACUGAUGUAUCUCCAUCAAGAUUCAAGGCUUCGAAUCAUACACCGAGAUCUUAAAGCAAGCAAUGUUUUGCUUGAUUCUGAUAUGAACCCUAAAAUAUCAGAUUUCGGAUUGGCUAGAACCUUGGGAGGAGAUGAAACUGAAGCAAGCACAACCAGAGUGGUUGGAACAUAUGGAUAUAUGUCUCCGGAGUAUCAAAUCGACGGGUAUUUCUCAUUAAAAUCCGAUGUAUUUAGCUUCGGAGUUUUGGUAUUGGAGAUAGUAUCAGGAAGAAGAAACCAUGGUUUCUGCAAUCAUGAACACAAGCUUAACCUUCUUGGACACGCUUGGAGGCAAUACAGAGAAGAUAAGGCAAGUGAGUUAACCGAUGAAGCUUUCAAGGAAUCGUGUACAGAUAUUUCUGAAGUGUUGAGAGCAAUUCAUAUCGGUCUGCUAUGUGUACAACAAGAUCCUAUAGAUAGACCAAACAUGUCAAUGGUGGUUCUGAUGCUAAGUAGUGAAAUGUUGCUUCUUGAUCCCAAGGAGCCUGGGUUUUACAACGAGCGAAAUCUCUUGUUUUCUGACACUACAUCGAUUAAUCUUGACGUUCCUUCCAAUAAUUUACAAACCGUGAGUGUAAUGGAGCCUAGAUAAACCAUGUAGUCGAUCUUUGUAUAUUCUAUAAAUAUAAUCUCUAACCAUUUUUGUUAAAAAAGACUAUAUUGUAAUAAAAGUAGUUGAAGCCAUGAUCCAAAGUUGUCCUAAUGAUUUUAGGUGCUCGGUGACCUCGGUCUAUUGUAACUUCCGAGUAUUUAUGGGGUGGACAGAGAGUUCGGCAAGUAAGAAGUUUUGCAAGAAUCUACGAUCAGAUUCAUAUAGGUUUAGUGAUUAGAUGGCACAAACUGAUAUUUACCAAUUACCAUAAAUGUUCAAGACCUAAAAUUAGGCACAUGAGAACGUAACAGACAUAGUUAAGAUGAUUGUUGUAUCUAGUACUAAGAGAUCUCACCUAAUGCUUACACUAUAACGUGGAGAAUGUGAGAGAGACCUAAAAACGUGAAUGGCAAGAAGAGAAAGAAAACGUGGGAGAAAAAGAAAGAGAAAAAAACGUGGACAAGGAGCCCCAUGUUAUGAACUUAUGAUACAUACAUCAAUCCCUUCGGCCUUAACUUAUGGUCUUUUUCUCAUAGACGUGUCGACUUAAGGUAGUUUUUAAACGUAUGGCUUUUCGAUAUGGAGUAUUAUUGGAUUUAUUAACGAGUUAUAUCCGAUAUAUCUAUAUAUGUUCGUUAAAAUAUUUCGAAACAUAAAACUUCUAUUCAAGUUUAGACCGAUCUUUAAUCAAGAAAAUAACUAAUAAAUAUAUGUGUUUAACCAAAUAAAGUAAUAAACUAUGUACUAUAUCUAUGGGAGUUCGAAUCCAGUUCUUAUCGGAUGACUUUGGAUAAUCAGACUGUUAGAUCCAUCAAUUCCUGCCAACUUAAACCAAAGAAUUGGUCACAUUAUAAACAUUGAGCCAGAUUUAAAAAAAAGAAACUGAGUAUUUUAAAAUUUAAUUAUAAUGCUUAGUACUUUUAAAUGGAUGAGUACACGAAUAGCAAAACAAACUCAAUUUGCUUUUAUUUAUUUGGUUACAACAUUGUACAUUUAUAAAAAAAUGGUGGCGUCAGCAAUGCAUAUCCUCUGAAAACACACAUACAUGCCACAUCUCUUAGGAUACGAGAACUGAUAGGAAGGGAUCUAUUCAACUAGUCUGAAUAUUUAUAUAAAUUAUGUUCAUUCUCCAAAGUUCUGAAUUGUUCCGAAGUUCUUAUCCACACAUGUAAAGAAGAAGAAAAAGAAACAACAGUAAAGAAGCAAACGACCACACACCACAAACUUCGUGCAUUCUGGUGGUUCUCAUCUUGACAUCUCAUCUUCCUUUGAUUCUUCAUACCACCGUUGUUCUUCCUCACGUAGGCUUUCCCCAUAUCAAAGCAUGCCACAUGUGCACAAUUUCCUCUUCACAUAAUUACAUCAUGUGGUUAUUACUUUAUCAAAUAUUUAAUUUAAUUUUUCUAUACUGAGUUCGGCAGAGCCACAUACACAAAUUAAUUAUAUGACCAUAUAACAAAAAAAAACAUCAAAGAAUUAUGGUCCAAGUAAAUAAUACUCGGUUAUAUUAUAAGGAUUUAUUUCUACAUUCUGUAUUUUAAUCCCUUAUAUUUGAGGAGAAUCACUGUAAUAAAUGCGUUCACACUAAACUGGACACAUGUUACGUGUAAAAACAUUGUAAUAAAUGCGUGCAUACUAAAAUGAAUACAUGUCACAUGUAGAAAACUUUUCAGCAAAACUCUACAUAAAUAUAUUCAUAUUAUUUACUUUGUGUUUUUAAUAUAAAACUCACAUGCAUAGUUUUUUUUUUACGUUAUUUUUACUGUUUACAAAUAGAGCUAGACAAAUUAUUCAUAAAUUUUGAUUCUAUUCGUUAUUCGUUUUGAUUCGAACCAAAAAAUCCGAAUAUCCAUUACUCUACGAAACAAAUCAAAUACUAAAAUGCAAUAUCCGUAAAAAAAAACAAAUCACAAAUAUCAAUAUUUAUAGGAACGAAUAUCCAAUUUAAUCUGUUAUAUGCAUAUAUAUAUAUUUAAAUAAUUAUAUAUAAGUUAUAUAUUAUAGUUUAUAUAAAUUUUACAAUAUUUUUGUUUUAAAUAAUUUCAUUUUAAGAAUUUUUUUUUCAUGUAUUAUUUUAAAAAAAUGUCAUUUAAUAUUUAAUUAACAGUAUUUUUAUAUAUUUAUCAACUAUUUUUAUAUACUUUUACAUAUACAUACAUGUGCAUAUUGACGUGAGCACCUUAUAACUAAGUAUUUACCACCACUGAAAUAUCUAAUUUUUUGGAAUUUAAUUUUUUCUUAAUACUUAUUUCACUAUCAACCAAAUUGUAGUAAAAUGAUUUGUCUUAAUAACUUUUAUUUUUUUUAACUAUUACCCGUUUAGAAACUAUAAUAUGAAACCAUUGGUUCGACAUCACGACUAUCAAAGAUUCAUGACAUGAAAACAAAAAAAUAAUAGUAAUUUUUAAUUAUUACAGGAAAAAAAACAAAAAUAUCAAACAUUUUAACUACACAAACCAAAUAAAUAUUGAUUUAAAAUGAUAGUUAUAUUUUAGGAGAUUAAAAACAAAAAAACCUAAAACCAAACCGAUAUCCAGAUUAAACAGAUUAAUGUUUCCUUAUUAAAUAACGAAAUUAAUAAUCGCAUUCCACGCAAGACGCGGAUUAUUACCUAAUUAUUUUAUUAUCUCUACUGCAAAAGCUAAGAAACCCAAAUGUUUUGGAUCACUUUGGAAAGAGAAAGAAGUAUGGGAGAAGUAAAAACAAAAAACAAGUGGUUAUAAAAGAAAGAUAACUGAGAGAGAACUGGGGCCCAUUGGACUUCUAUUUAUGGUCCAGACAACACCCAGGUGGGCUCACGUGGCUCUUUAUCCCAUUGAGAACCUGAUUCGUCCACGUAGGACAGGGGAGAAUCUCUCUCUCCUUCUCUCGUGGCUGAGGUCUCGCCACGUCAUCGAUUAAAAAAUCUCCCCACAAAAUAUCUCGAAACUCAACCAAGAGUUGGUCGCCAUGGCCCAUACGCAUUAAGUGGUUUUUAAACUAAAUAAACUAUGGUACAUAUUAGACCAGAGCUGUAUGUUAAAAUAAUGACAUAUACAAGUAUAUAUUUAUUUUAGAGGAUUUAAACCCAAUAACUAAACUCAUUUGACAUUCUUGUUAUAUGAUAUUCGCAAUACCUAACCACGAUUGAAAUAUCAGCGGAAAAGACAUAAAAUAUAAUUUAUAGUUCCAUGAUAAAUUCUUCAAUCGAUAGAUGAAUAUAACUUGAUUACCGUCUAUAAGACUAUAAAAUUGUUAUAACUUAUAAUCUUUCCCAGCAAGAAUAGUUAUAACUGUUAGUAA